AUGCGGAAAGGAGCAGAGGAAACAGAAGAGCAGAAACUAAAGGCAAGGGAGAGAAUUUGGGUAGAGAAUUUGGAUACAGAAUUUGGAUACAGAAUUUGGAUACAGAAUUUGGAUACAGAAUUUGGAUACAGAAUUUGGAUACAGAAUUUGGAUACAGAAUUUGGAUACAGAAUUUGGAUACAGAAUUUGGAUACAGAAUUUGGAUACAGAAUUUGGAUACAGAAUAUGGAUACAGAAUUUGGAUACAGAAUUUGGAUACAGAAUUUGGAUACAGAAUUUGGAUACAGAAUUUGGAUACAGAAUUUGGAUACAGAAUUUGGAUACAGAAUAAAAAGAAAUUCAUUCGAAGUAGAGAUGUAA